UUAGUGUGGCUAGCAAUUUCCUCAUCUUGCUCCACCAUUCCUCGUCACAAGCCGAAAUGUCGAAGGGAGACUCUGGAGGUGCCUGGACGUGGUGGUGGCAUGCUCAAGAAGCGAAUGAUGAAAUUUCUAGAGCUACUACAGCACUGCUUGUCAUAGCAAUUGCAGCUCUUAGUUCUUUCUUUUUGUUCAGGAGGCAGAAAAACGUGACCGCUCUGAUGCCGCCGGGGCCCCGAGGCUUGCCGUUCCUCGGGUACCUCCCAUUCCUGGGGACUGACCUCCCCCAGAAAUUUGCUAAGUUGGCUGAGACCUACGGCCUUAUCUACAAACUCCAGCUUGGAAGCAAGUUAUAUGUGGUGGUUAACUCCCCGUCGCUGGCCAGAGAAAUCUUGCGGGACCAGGACUCGACGUUCGCCAAUCGGGACCCAAGCAUCGCCGCUACCAUCGCAACAUACAGCGCAAGGGAUAUUGCCUUCUCAAGCCAGGGGCCUUAUUGGAGGAAUCUCCGCAAACUGUUCGUACGGCAGAUAAUGAGCAACGCGAGCCUUGAUGCCUGUCAUGACAUGAGAAGGCAGGAGGUCAGGAAAGGGUUGAGCGAUCUUUACAGAAAAUCUGGGGUGCCAGUGGAUAUUGGCGAGUGGGCCGUUCUGAUCUUGAUCAAUGCGGUGAUGGCGAUGCUGUGGGGAGGGACGCUUACUGGAGAGAAGUGCGAAGCCAUUGGCGCUGAGUUUCGAAAGGUGUUGGCAAAAUUUAUGGUGCUCUUAGGUAGUCCGAAUGUUUCGGACCUUUUUCCAGCAGUUGCUUGGCUUGACCUGCAAGGAGUGGAAAGGGACAUGAAAAGGGUGCAUCAGUGGCUUGAUACUUUUAUUCAGUCUGUUGUCGAUUGUGCCACCCAGGAGGAUGGAGAAUCUAAACGCAACGAUAAAAAAAAAGGACUUUUUGCAGAUUGUCCUGGACAUGGAGAUGGAUCUUGAAGAUAACCAGUCACCAACGGACAAGAAUGGAGCACUAAAAGCCAUUCUCACGGACAUCGUGAUUGGUGGAAUUGAUACGACUUCAACAAUGGUAGAAUGGGUGAUGGCAAAGUUGAUGCAGAACCGAGAUGUGAUGAACAAAGUAGUCCAGGAAUUGACAGAAGUCGUGGCGAAGGAUGAGAUGGUCGAAGAGCAUCACUUGCCAAAAUUGAAGUACCUCGACGCGGUCAUCAAGGAAGCAUUGCGCUUGCACCCGGCUCUGCCAUUAUUGGCUCCUCGGAUGCCACGGGCUUCGUGUGUCGUUGGGGGUUACACGAUACCGAAGGGCAGUAACAUAUUCUUGAACGUGGGUUACAUCCACAGGGACCCCAAGAUUUGGGACAAUCCAACGGAGUUUAGACCCGAGAGGUUCUUGGGAGAUCCCAGCAGGUAUGAUUUCUCGGGCAACAACUUCAUGUACAUGCCGUUCGGUUCUGGUCGGAGGAGAUGUGCGGGGCUUGCACUGGCAGAGAGGAUGUUAACAUUUGUAUUGGCAUCUCUUAUGCAUUCGUUCGAGUGGGAAUUACCGCCAGGGACGGAGAUGGACUUUUCGGACAAGUUCGGGAUUGUGGUCAAGAAAUUGAAGCCCCUGGUGGUCAUUCCUAGACCGAGAUUGUCCACUCCGGAGCUCUACAAGCCAGCAUGGAUCUUUCAAUAGAGUUUCGAGACUCUGUUUCAGUUCUAUGAAAUAAAUAUACCCUGCCAGUAUCAAUAAUGUUUUAAGCAUCUACUCUAAUAGACAAACAGCCAAGUACCAGCAUGUGAGGUUUCAUGUACGAGACCCGGCUUUGAAAAUAAUUUGUGCUGCUAUUGUUUGUGAUAUGAGGUAGAAUAUUUGUUAUCUAUAUUGGUUCUUCAGGUCAGUUAGACCAGAAGAUAAAGUCAUGUGAUUUAAGAGUAAAACGUUUCGCUUUUGCACA